UUAAAACCGAGUUAAUGUUUCCAGCCGGGCAUUUCUCAAGGCAACACACAACAAUGUCAACAACAUCUUUAGAAGAUACUUGCGCAAUUUUAUGUAGGCUUCUAAGUAAAUUGUAAAGUGUUGUUACCUUUGUUUCUUUAUUGCACACAUUAACGGUGAUAGGAGCUAUAGCUAAAUCAAGCUAGCGGACACUUUUAGAAUGCUAACAUGAUGCUAAGCCCUUCGGCCGAGUCACCAGAUGUCAGAAACUCCCUAUACAGUCAGUCACAAAACAACAGACAUAAAAGCGGGGAUAAAACCAGUCCUAUAAGCGUCAUCCUGGUUAGUUCUGGGAGUAGAGGGAACAAACUUCUAUUUCGGUAUCCUUUUCAAAGAGCAGCUGAUUGUCCGUCUUCUCUCUCAGCAAAACAGCGUAAUCCAUAUGCACUGAACACCACAGGGGAUGUUCUGGAAGAUCCRGAUGGUGAUUCAAGGGAGCAAUGUCCUCUAACUGACGAACAGUUGGUAGCAGGGUUUUCUGACAGCAUCCUGGCCACCAUCCUGGCCACCAAGAACGAUAUGUGUGGAAAGAAGUUUGAACUCAAGAUAGACAAUGUUCGAUUUGUGGGUCACCCGACUCUUCUGCAGCAUUCUCCCCUCAUCCAGGUUUCCAAAACAGAUCCCUCGCCUAAGAGAGAAAUGCCUACGAUGAUCUUGUUUAAUGUUGUUUUUGCCCUAAGGGCAAACGCCGAUCCGUCAGUGAUCAGCUGCAUGCACAACCUGUCUCGGCGCAUCGCCAUAGCCCUUCAGCAUGAGGAGCGCCGCUGCCAGUACCUGACCAGAGAAGCCAAGCUGAUGCUUUCCGUGCAAGACGAGAUCACAACUACGACGGAGAGUGAGAUAUUCUCUCACUAUCUCAGUGUCUUGUUUUGGUCUGGUGCGUCUCUACAGGCCCAGCUCAUCCAGAUGGUGGUGUGGAUGCUCCAGCGCCGUCUGCUCAUCCAGCUGCACACUUAUGUUUGCCUUUUAAUACCACCCAGUGAAGAUGAGCCUACACCCAAGGAUGAAGAGCUUCCACUGGCUGCACGGGUCGGAGGCCGCAGUCUCAGCACCCCGAGYGCUCUCAGUUUCGGUUCUCCAACCAGCAGUGACGACAUGACCCUAACCAGUCCCAGUAUGGAGAAUUCCAGCGCUGAGCUGCUGCCCGGCGGAGACUCUCCUUUGAAUAAAAGGAUGACAGAAACACUCCUGGCAAGCCUGUCGGAGCAUGAGAAGCAGGUUAUACUGAACAUCCCRGCCGCGCAAAAUCCAGAGGAUCUGCGGAUGUUUGCCAGGCUGCUGCACUAUUUUCGGGGACAUCACCACCUGGAAGAAAUCAUGUACAACGAGAACAUGAGGCGAUCGCAGCUCAAGACGCUAUUCGACAAGUUCCGCAGCGUCCUCAUUGUGACGAACCACGAAGAUCCUAUUAUUUCUAUCUUUCAGUCUCCCAUGGAGUAGACAGCAUGACUGCCCAYCCACUGGUUCAUCUGCAACGUGCUCAGGACCAAGGAGGCUCUGCGGCUGACUGACGUGACGGCAUUAGUGUGUGAGGAGUUACAAAAUAUAGAGUAUAUUUUUUACCUUUGAGCCAAACCUUUGUUUACAGUAUUAAAUUAUUUUAUACAUGCCA